AUGUAUAGUUUAGAAAUACUGUUAAAUACAAUUAUUCAAACUUAUUUAAAUCAAUCAUAUUGUCUUGUUUAUGUUUCAAAUAAUGAUUUUAAUUGUAAUUUUAACGUACCGGUAAUUAGAAUAAAAUCAACACCGAGCAAUUCAAAUAAAACGUCGGUGUAUUAUCAUGAAUUUCAAAAACGAAUUGAAAAUUCAUUAGAUAAGGGCUGUGGUUCAUAUAUGGUGUAUAAUUCAAAUUUUCUUGAUUUUCUUCAAUGCUACGAUUUAAGUUCACAACUUACAUUACAGAAAAAAGGAAAUCGACGAUUUAUUUACAUAGUUAAUUAUAUUGAUAUAGAUAUGAAUGUAAUUAAUGAGAUUUUAACAUCAAAAAUAGUGAAAUAUAUACCAGAUUUUAUAAUUAUUUAUCCGAACGAAUUUGUUGCGAGGAAUGCGGAUAACGAGAAUUCGAAUUUAUUUUAUGAUGUACAUAAUGCAUUCCAAGCUGUAAAAUCUUUUAAGAUAGUCACUCGUAAAAUGGAUGAUCCGGAAUUAGUUUUAUUAGAUUAUUGGUUCGCAGAAAAUCAAUUAUUUUUGUACAAUGAAGAUUUAUUUCCUUUUAAAGUUAAGGACUUAUACAAAAUGCCUUUAAUUACAAAUUCAAUGACAACAUAUCCGCCAUACGUAAUAUUGGAAAAAGUCAACACAAUUAUUUAUCCAAAUAAAGAACUUAAAGAAGUAGCAGAUGGUAUUGAAAUUCGAUUAUUUCGUGAAUAUGGUAAACGAUACAAUAUCACGUUAAACAUUACAGUUGAAGAAAAUCUUUGGGGUCAGAUUUAUUAUAACCGUACUGGUACAUUUAUGUAUGGACGUCUUCUAGAAGAUAAAAUUGAUUGCAUGCAUGGUGCAAUGGGUACUUGGCUUAAAAUUUGGAUACUUUUGGAAUUCGCACAGCCACAUGUUGUUAGUAAAAUAGCGUGUAUUGUUCCUAUACCUAAUGAUUUUUCUGAAUCAUUUUACAUUAUGUACGGUCUUACAGUUUUACAACCUUUACCAGAUUCAGUUGCUCAAUAUUCGAAUAAUGCUUUUCGUAAUUUACUUAUAUGGAUAUUAUUGCAAACAUUGAUAAUUUCUACUACGUACACAAGCGGUUUAACAUCGAUUAUGACUCUUCCACAAUAUGAAGAACCAAUUAGAACAACCCAAGAUUUAAUUGAUAGUAAAAUGGAAUGGGGUUCAAAUGAUGAUUCAUGGAUUGAAGCCCUUAUAAUUUCAGAUCAGCCAAAAAUAAUUGAAUUGUUGAAAACAUACCGAGUUUAUACUGACGAAGAAUUAACAACUAAUGUACCUGAAAAAUUUGGAUAUCUUGUAGAAGAAUUAGCUAUUGGUGAGGGUACAGGUAGUUUUACAAUACCAGAAUAUAUAUCCGAGGAAGCACUUCUUAAAUCUCAAACAAUGGAAGAAGAAAUUUAUUGGACAAAUAUUCGGACAUUUUGGCGUAAGAAUUCACCAUUUUUACCAACAUUCAAUGAUUUAACUAUUAAAUGUCGAGAAUCUGGUUUAUUAUUUGCAUUUCAGACUCAGGCUGCAUUGAAAUAUAUGAACGUUUCAAUACAACUACAUUUAAAAGGCCAAGAAAAAGAAAUUAGUGAUGAUCCCGUGGUUUUAACUAUUUACGAUUUAGAAAGUGUUUUUGCAAUUUGGCUCGUUGGAAUUAUAAUAUCAUGUAUCAGUUUUGGUGUUGAAAUAUUGAAAAAAUAA